AUGGGUACACAGAUUUGGAACAGGGUACACAACUUUGGAAUAUAUAAAAAGGGAGGGAAGCGAUGCAUUCUUCAGGUUAGUGCAUCUUUAAAUAAUAAAAAAGAAGUCAUUUAUUUAUACCAAUUAUAAUUUGUGUAAAUAGUUUACUCAUCACACACGUAACAAGCUUUAUUAUAUGGAGCAAACCUUAACAAAAUCUUUGUGUGUGUGACAAGAUUCAAUGUACACAUCUUUACAGAGAAAUUGUAUCUUCUACUUAGAGUUUAUUUAUUAUUUUUAAAAUGUCCGAACAGUCUUGAGUCUCAAUAAAUUAUGACUUACAUCUUUAUUUAAUUGUUUUCCAAAUAAUAAAUUGUCUUUAUUUUUUUAACUUUAGUUGGACUUCCCUGGCCGAGUGCUUCUAAUUAUACAGAAAGGUCACAUCAAGAAAAGUCACAACUUUGACACAUUGGAGCAUUAUGAUUCAGAAGUUUGUAACAUUUCAUUCUGUUUGGUUUUAGGCCUCUGUGUGUAGUCUAAUUAAAUAGUAUUGAUAGUGAUAGUUUUACAAAGUAAUUUUUUUAAACUUAACAAUUAUGAUCAUUUAAUUUAAGUUUUAUAUUUAUUUAAGUUUUAUUGUUAACGUAUUAAUAAAUUUGCAUUCACAUGAUCACAUUAUUAUUUUAAUAUAAAGGAAUGUUUUAUUUCAAUUUGAUUUUCUAAUUUUAUCCAGGAGGGUUUACACGUUGCCCUCAAAUUCAGAGAGUGUGAGUUUGACUUUGAGACAGACAACAGUGAAGAAAAGUACACCAUCUGUCGUUUGAUGGGUCUCGUGAUACAGAUGGGGCAUGGAGAAGAUGAUGAUAGUAUGUCUAGUAUUUUUGGACCCUUAGACACUGACUGGAUGACUGGAAUUCAAAUAAAUGUUAUGAAUAUUUGGUAAUGGGAAAUUACAAGAAAUAAAUAAGGUCACACAUCUUUAUACCAAAAGGUUGCAGUUUAUUAGUUUUAAUAAAUUGAAAAACUUUUGAACAGAAAAAAGGGAGAUGAUAUUUUUAGAAAAUAUCAUUUACAUCUAUCUAACUAAUAAAUGAUAUUUCAUUGUUGCCAAUAUAUACAAUUUAUCUACCAUAUCAGAAGGGAAAAGAAUAUGGACAGAAAAAAUGUUUACACUCAUGCUGCAAUAAAAAAUAUAAUUCUUUUGAAACAAUUUAAACCACUAUUUCAACUACGGUGUAUAUGCUAUUCUCAUCUUCAGGUAUUGAUUCAGGACAAGGACUUUCAUCUCUGGGUGAUCAUCAUCUGGAAGGUGCAGAUAUCAUAAAGGAUGGAUUGCUGGAGAAGAAAGGAAACACGGCCAUCACAUUGUGGAACAAGUUGGUAGAGCUUCUACUACAAGCAUCAUAACAAUUAGUUUAUUACAUGUUAACUCAAGAAAUCAUCUGUGAACUCAGCCUCUAGAGUUUUAAAUGUGCUAUUUUCAAAGUCAUCCAUGUUUAUCUACAACAUGGGUUCUUAACCUUUUUUUAACUAUGGACCACUGGUGUGGGACAGUUGGGGGGGGAGUCUGUGACAAGGAGAACCUAAUCUACAAGAUUAUAUAUGGUUUAACAAAUUAUUUUUUUACAGAUAAGAUUAUGUGUGGUUAAUCUGUAUUUAUUUAUUUUUUCUAAACAGGCGAAGAAUAAAGCUAACUCCGGGGGAAUUUACAUAUUAUAAACCUGGAGAGGAUGUAAGUAAAUUACAUUAUAGUGUAUUUAAGUAAAUUACAUUAUAGAGGGUGUGAGUAAAUUGAAUAAUAGAAAAAGUUCUACAAAAACACUUUGGCCUUAAAUGAAUUAGAGACUGUCAUUUGUGAUAUUUGACAACACGUUUGAUCCAAAAACAAUUCUGGCUCUCUGUGACAACUCCAGUUUUAUGAAAUUUAUUUCAGUUCAGGCAGAACUGGCACAAAACUCAAUCACCACAUAUGAGGACUACCAGUUUAUCUCACGUCACACUACUUUCACCCAUGCUCUAAAAGUUUCAGUGGCCUUAUGUUAAGCCAGUGGUUGGCAAACUAAUUAGUAAAAAAAGCCAAAAAUCAGCAGCUGGACAACUAUAAAAUUCUCGAGUGCCAAAUAUCUUUUCAAGAGCCUGUCGAGAACCAUAUAUUUCGGAGUCAAAAGCAAUUUGUCACAGGCUGGCUGAGCCGCACUCAGGUCGCUGAAGAGCCACAUGCAGCGCGCGAGCCACGAUUUGACGACCACUGUGUUAAGCAAAUCAUUAUUUUAAACUUAAAUGACUUAUAAAAAAAUGGAGAGUUGAGAAAUGAACCUGCUUCGGCUCCAAUUAAAUUAUGUAAUCAUUUUGUAAUCUUAUAAUCUCCAGCUUGCCUUAAACAUUGUACAGUUGUGGCCUGACCACACAGCUCUAAAGAAGCAUGGACUCAAUGGCUUCAGUGUGGCUGUCAGAGACAGGGUGUACAAGUAAGAUUGUUAAGGUGUACAAGUAAGAUUUUUAGGGUGUACAAGUAAGAUUUGUUAGGGUGUACAAGUAAGAUUGUUAGGGCGUACAAGUAAGAUUUUUAGGGUGUACAAGUAAGAUUGUUAGUGUGUACAAGUAAGAUUGUUAGUGUGUACAAGUAAGAUUGUUAGGGUGUACAAGUAAGAUUGUUAGGGUGUAAAAGUAAGAUUGGCAGGGUGUACAAGUAAGAUUGGCAGGGUGUUCAAGUAUGACUGGCAGGGUGUACAUGUUAUAAACAUAAAAUAAUAAUGCAUAGUCUCAAUACCACCCCCCCCCCCCCCCCCCCCCAACCCCGCGCCACCUUCAAUUUAUUUUAAUUACAGACCAGCAAUUAAUCUUUACAAUAAAUGUUCAAAUUUGAUUUUGUUUCAUAUUUCUAGUUUUCGAGUGCUGAGUGAUUACAAGGCAAUUAACAUGACAGAAAUUGUAAGAAAUGAAUGGUUUCUGGUAUGUCACUAUUUUUUGUAAAUUACAAGUAAAAUAAAUGAUGGUACCAGUAAAAUAAAUGAUGCUACCAAUAAAAUAAAUGAUGAUACCAGUAAAAGAAAUGAUGGACCAAUAAAAUAAAUGAUGGUACCAGUGAAAUAAACAAAAGAUACAUUUUAAAAAAUCUCUUCUAUUUAUGAAUAAUAAAUGCAGCCAUGUAUGUAGCAAUAUUCAUUUACUAAUAACAGUAAAUCAAUAUUUAUGAAAUUAUAAGUUUAUCAUAAUAUUGAAAAAUACAUAAAUCAUGGAAAGAUUUUAAAUCCUUGGAAAAUGUUUAAUUUUUAAAAAUUUUUAAUUGCAGGCAUUUGAAAGAGCUCUCAAUUAUGUGCCACCGACGGCCAAGCUGUUUGAGGCUUCUGGUAACAAUAAGGACACCGAGAGUAACAGCCAUAACAACACUGACGAUCCAGAACAUAUUUAUGAUCUGACACCUGACAUGGCUGUAAGAUAAACUAGAUAUUUUAGAAGCAAUACAUCAUUUAAAAAUAGGGAAGAAUUAUGAAAUAAUAUUUUUAAUGACUAAAUUUUAAACUUAAAUAAGAUAUUUUUGCAUGUUACUUUAUAUUUGAAAAGUUCUUGUGCGCAUGAAAUGAACGAAGGAAAUAUCCAAUUAAUAUUGCUUGAAAAUCAUUCCUUGAAUGUCAGGCAAAUUUAUUUUCAAAUUUAUUUAGGCAAACAAUUUAUUUUCAUACUCUCAGGCCUCAGCACAAGACAGGCUGCAAGUUUCAGAUGACAAGUAAGAUAUGAUGAUUUACUGUAGCGUUGACAUUUCUUGUGUUAACAUUUCUUUUGUUGGCAUGUUUUGUGUUGACAUUUUGUAAUGACAUUUUUGUAUGUUGAAAUUUUUGUUGUUGACAUUUUUGUGUGUUGCCAUUUCUUGUAUUGGCAUUUUGUGUGCUCAAAUCAUAGCAACAACUAACCAGUUGCUUCUUUAUGCUACUGUUUUGUUCAAUAUGUUUUUGUGGCUGGUUUAGUGCGUGUUCCAAAUAAUUUCAAGACAAUUAUUUUAAAUACUCAAAAUAUCCUCCAUUGAAAACAUUUCCUAAAAAAUGAUGUGCAGAUAUGCUCCAAGAGAGAUCACUGCUCAUGUGACAGUUCACUUGAACUACAUAGACAAAGCUCUCCCCAGCCCACCAAAGACAAGUCACAGCCUACAUCACACGUUGGAACAUUUCUUGCCAUUCGGCCACAGAGAUCACAAGGAGCACAAAGCAUCCUCAUCCAAGCUCUUGAAUCUCAGCACCCAGUCUUCUUCAGGAGAUGACCCUUUGGAUGGAGAAACUCCCUUCACCGGAUCAGCCGCAGAACUGAGAGCCAAACUGGCAAUGCAGGGUGGGAAGUCCUCUGCAUUAAAAGCAUACAGAGCUCACAAUGACUUUAAGAAAAGGCAUGGAGAAGAUAAAACGCUGAGCUCUACAAAACUAAAAGCAUUUCAUUUAAAAAACUUGAGAACUUCUGACAUUCAAUCAAAUGUUGAAAAUGAUCCAAAUGAACAAAUUGUAGCCAAUGGUGGUGAACUAAUGAAAAGUUUGCCCAAUGUCAACAAAACAAACAGCUCAGGUCUGCCCCCUCCUCCACUUCCACCAACUCAAGACUCACGAAAUCCACCAGGUGCCCCACCCCCUCUUCCUCCAGGAGGUCCACCACCUCCGCCGCCAUUAGUCAAAGAACGGGGAUCUGUUAAACUACUCCAGAUACCAAACGUGAAACUGAAACAAGUUCACUGGGUCAAGGUCAACAACAAUCAGGUUAGAUGAUAUUUUCAUUGUUUGUUUUCAAGGAGAAUUGUUUCCUCUGUUGCUAUUUCUCCAAUAUUUAUACUUGUGAACCUGUCUUAGGUCAUAUUACUAACUUUACAGUGAAACUGUUUAAGGUUGUGUCACUAACUGAGCAAUGAACCUAUUUAAGGUUGUCACUAAAUUUACAGUGAGCCUGUCUAAGGUUGUGUCACUUACUGUACAUUGAAGCUGUCUAAGGUUGUGUCACCUACUGAACAGUGAACCUAUUGAAUGUUGUGUCACUAACUGAACAAUGAACUUAUGUCAGGUUGUCACUAAUUUUUCAGUGAACUUGUCUAAGGUUGUGUCACUAACUGUACAGUAAACCUGUCUAAGGUUGUGCCACCUAAGUUAACAUGAAUGUUAUCAAUAAGAUUUGUGAAUCUAGCCAUGUACAGGAUGUCAUGUAAACCUUAAGUUGAAACUUAAAUUAAAGUGCAAAGUCUGAUCUGUCCUUCUGAUACUGUCCAGAGUCCAAUGCAUUUUUAUUACUUUAAAAUGUAAUUCCAGCAACUUUUGGUAACUUCAGGGUUGUAUUCCUUGAGCAAUUUCCAUAUUUCUUAAUAUUGGUAAAUAUUGUUGUUGCAAGAAGUUUUUAAUUUUAAAUUAACUCAUCUUAUACUUUUGCUUUCAUUGUACACAUUAUGUUUGAUCGAAGUCAUUUCAAGUCCUGUCUUAUUUAUAAUCUCAGAUCUCAGGCUCCAUCUGGCGUGAUGCACAUGACAUGACCGAAAAACUUGACCUCUUUGAAUUAGAAGAACAAUUUGCGAUUCAUGAGAAGAAGCCAGCUGUUGUCAAAACCAGUAAGUAGACAACAAUUCAAGUGAUGGCAAAUAGGUAGUAGAAGGAACUCACAUUCUUACAAAUGUUACAAAAAUAGAUUAUGAUUUUGUUAGAGAAAAUUUAUUUAAAUUUCCACUUAUAAUGUCAAAAUAUUGAAAAUAGCAGUUUGCUAAAAAGUAGGUCAGUUUUGAAAAUAGCAGUUUGAUAAAAUAGGUCAGUUUUGAAACAGCAGUUUGAUAAAAUAGGUCAGUUUUGAAAAUAAUAAUUUGAUAUAAUAGGUCAGUUUUUAAAAUAAUAGUUUGAUAAAAUAGGUCAGUUUUGAAAAUAAAAGUUAUACAAAAUAUGUCACUUUUGAAAAGUAUACUUUGAAAAAUAUGUCACUUUUGAAAAUAAAAGUUUAAUAAAAAUAGGUCACUUUUAUAAAGAACAUUUUGAUUAAAGUAGGUCACUUUUGAAAUAAAUGUUUGAUAACGCAGGUGAGCUUACUUUUCUCUUAAACCGUCCAGAAAAAAAGGAAGAAAGGCAAAUGCUGGUGGAUGCUAAAAGGGCCCAAAAUUUAGGAAUCUUAUUUUGUGGUCUGAAACUUGAAAGUUUGGCAAAGCUCAAUGAGGCCCUAAACUCCAUCACAGAACUUGACACUUUCCCGGCCGACAAGAUGACCACACUGAAAAGGUUAACUUUCUACUGUGUAACUUUAGUUAAAAGUCUACUGCUAAUUUUUAUCAAUAAUUUAAAAGGUUUAUUGUUCCUCUGUAGAUGGAAAUGAAAAGUUUAUUGAUGCUUAGUAACUAUAAUUUUAAAGAGUUUACUGAUACUUUGUAACCAGAUCAAAUUGGGAGAGAUUAAAAUGAAGCUGUAAACAAUGAAACAUAAAGUAUAAAGCACAAGUUUUGUCAAAUCUUAAAAUGAGACACAGUAGAAGAAUGCCUGGCUGUUAAACACUUUCUAAUGGUAUAAUAUUUCUUAGGGUUUUUUUUCUUUGUCAUAAUUAUAGUGUAUAGCAGAGCUCAGCAACCUUUGCACAUGAGCAACACAUGCUAGGCAUUUCAAAUGAUUCCAUGGCACACCACAUAUAAAAACAUGCCAAAUAAACUAAAAUAAAAUAAUGAAGUUAACAUGCAUAAUGGGGUGUAAUGCUGAAAGGUAAAAGAUUAUACUGUAUCCCUCUAUAUUAACUAUCUGUACUUGGACACACCUCUUUCAUUGUAGUGUUUGACUGCUUGGUUAUAGACUAACCAAUGUCUCUAUUGUAUCAACAAAGCUUGUUAAUCAUUACGUCAUGUGCCUAUAUAAAAAUAUUAGUUGCUUUUCUUUUCCUCCUCUUGGAGGCAUUUUGCACAGCACACCUGGCAUUAUCUCACGGCACACCAGUUUGCCAUGGCACGCAGUUUGUGGAGCUCUGGUGUACACCACUGAAAUUCUUCUUUCCAUUUACUUGUGUAAUUACUUGUCUCAUUUUGUUAGCUGAAGAAAUGCUUUACCCUUCUAAUUAUAUUAACUUUGUAAAAAUUUUAAAGGAAAUUGUAGUUUUUUUUUAUACAUUAGCUAUUACUUGAACAUUAACAAUUGAACAAAAUAUGUUCCUAAUGUAAAGAAAAAAGCACACAAAAAAAAAGUUUUAGUCAAGGAUUGAUCCCAUCUUUUAGAUACCAGCCUAAUGCAGAAGACAAAGAAAUGUACAAACUUUAUACUGAUAAACGAGAUACCUUGCACAAUGCUGAUCGAUUUAUGCUGGAACUUUGUGAAAUUCCCCAACUCAGUCACCGACUUGAUUUAGUGCUGACAAUUUGGGAAUUGCCUGAUCAACACACCAGUCUAGUGGAGGUAAAAUGUUCAAAAGCUCUUAAAAGAAAGCUUUUUUUUCAAGUCACAUGCUAUUGCAAUAAAAUUAAAAUAAUGGUAAUUUUAAGGGAAUGUCCUUUGAAAAAUGUAACAUAAGUUAACUAAAAUUGAAAUGGAAAUUAACUGAAAUAAUUGCACUCAAGUGAAGCUAAUUUUAAGCUUAAAUUAGUAAAACUUUUUGAAUUGCAACAGUUUUUGUACCUAUAAUGCUUGCCAAUCAAAUACAAGAUAAUGCUCAAAAUAAAUGUUGAUAAGUGAACAUUUUUUAAACAUAUUUAAUUUUUACAAGUCCUUGCCUGUAGCAAAAUCUCUGACAAACUGAAAUUUAAAAGCCAAAAACAUUGGUAUUCUAAAACUGAACUGUGGUACAAGUAACCAGGUUUUCCAGGAUGGGAAAAUUUCAGGUGAAAUUUUGGUUACCCAAAAUUUGACAGGGAUACCAGGUAAGAAACCCUUUUAUAGGAGCCAGUUUUUUUAAAGAUCCCUUUUUUACAGUUUGUGUCAUUUAAAGUUGUAGUUUUUGCUUCAAACAAUGCUAGGAAGUGGAAGAUUUACUCUUGGCAUGUGAUGAGAUUUUAUCAAGCUCAGCUUUACCCAUUGUAAUGGAAUACCUCCUGGCCAUUGGCAACUACAUGAAUGCAUCGUGGAACUCAAAACAAGGGGCAUUAGGAUUUCAACUGUCUUCUAUUGAAAAAGUAGGUUUAAGAAAAUGCUCAUUAUGAUCGAAUGUCUUGAAAUUUUUAUAACUUAAAAUUAAAUUUAAAUAUUAUUACUACCCUGCUAAAUCAUCUAGGAUGCCAUCUACCAUUUGUUGAGAACGAAUUCUUUUUUUUUUAAGUACCGGCAAGAAAUUUCUUUGGACUUGUAACUGACCAUGGCCCGAUGGAUGAAAGCCACAGAUAUCAACAACUGUAGUCACCAUAAUCAAGUUUAUAUUUCUACUUCUAGAUCUUGAGUGUCAAAGGUCAUGACAAUAAGACUACGCUGUGCACAUACCUGGUCAAACAGCUGAAGCAAAAUGACCCCCACCUCCUUGGCUGGCCCAAGUGCAUGGGUCAUGUGACUAAAUGUGCUGGAUACUCCAUCAAGGCUGUUGGUGCAGAGAUUGACGGUAACUAG